AUGGCGCCCCCACGUACGGUCAAAGAUCGUAUCCCGCCCAUCCUUGGAUGGCUCGCAGAAUACAAUACUUUUGAAGUCCUUCAUAAAGUUAUUUCCGAUAACUUCGGCAAGAAUGGGAUGAAACUUGGUCUUAUACGAGGCCCUGAAUAUGGGAACGUAGAUGGCGGGCUGAUCGUCAACCCCCCAAGCGACUUCCCGUUCAAAGACCUAACGGCUGCAUGUGAAUGGUUGCGACAACAAAAGGACAACCGAACCUCUCAGCCAUUGCAAAUUUAUCGAUUUGAUUGCAAGGCCGGCUGGAGCCCCCCAAGGGCUGGGCAAUGGGUACCAUUUUACAUGGUCACAUCUCACGCCUUUCCGCAAUAUAUCUGUAUUGUCCCAAUGCGCAGCUGGCGUGGCAUUUACAGGACCUUGAGGCGGAAUACAUGGGAUGCGGUAGCGCAUGGACAGUUUCAAUUGUCCCCGAAUGAGGCACUCGUAUUCAGCGAUGUGUUGGCGCCAUACGCAGUGCACGAGAGUGAUAUAUACAAAGCCCUCACACGCAUUAUUAAUGCUUCACUCCAAAAGUCAACUUACGUCAACCCAACCAAUGGGGUCAAAUACAAUGGCUGGGUUGUACCAGACCCAGACAAGACGGCAGAUGGCUUACUUACCGUCCUCAACUGGAAACACAAUGCUUCCGUGGAUGUUAUAGAGCGUUUACGGGGGUUCAUGAAAGGCGUUCCCAGGAUGCGCUUGGAGCUCAAUCCGGUAGCACCACUAGUAUGCGACAUGUUCUUAUAUGACGAGCAAGAUAAUGUGUCAUACAACAUCGAGCACAAGUCCUUCUCUGUCGAUAAGGGCGGCCUGCUCUCGCUACCACUCGAUUAUCUGAAACCUGAGUACAAUUGGCAUUUUCUCUUGAAGCAAACAGGGGAGAAUCUCGUGAUCUUUACCCGCUCUGGACAAGAAGAUGCCGUUUUUAUGAAAACAAACCCCCAUCCAAUCGACAUGUCAGAAGAAGGAAGCUCUGAGGAGUUUGCGAGGAUAAUCAGAGUCAAUGGGCCAAUUGCCAAAGCCAGACUGCGGGAAAAGUGGGGGAAUGCCAAUGUUUACGACAACUCAUUCGAACUGAUGUCUGCAAACAAGGGCGAAGAACCGUAUGAAAACAACGCCAACAACCACCGCAAUACCGUGAAGGUAGCCCAGAUGGGCCUCGUUUUCCAAGCCAAGAUCAACAAGCAGUGUUGUAAUCUGCGUCAACAUGCAUGUAUACUACUUCAUAACCAUCCGAGCGCGGAUGCGGCCAUUUUGGAGCAUACAUGGAGCAUCAAGGACCAGGAGCUGUACCGGUCAUCUGGAUUGAUUCCUGUUUCAUUGACAGGAAGUGAAAUGGCUUCAAAGAGAUGUACUCUGCUCGCAUUCAUCCCACAUACGAUAUCGGACACGAUAAGCUCUACCUCCCAGUAUUUCGAGCUGGCGACGAACAUGGGUUGGUCUUAUCCUGCCUGUACCGCCCAAGACUUUGUAUUCAUCGUGAUGACUGGGGGGUUUCAAGACCCAGACCAACUGCCCUGUCUAGACACGGUUGUUCUCAUGCCUUCCUAUCAAACAACAAUGCUUCCAGAACCAAGAAAAUGUACAACAUGCGAGAACGUCGAUAGAGCCAGACAAUGGAACUGGACCAAAGGCAGAAUUCAAAACCAUGAAUUAGGAAGAGCUAGCAAAGGAAAAGCCUUUUCCUUCCCUGCCUCGCCUUACCUAAAGCCUGAAGCUGAGCCUUUCAAGAAGCUUCAUACCUUCGACAAUGAUUCUGUGCAUUCGUUUUUCAGCGAUAUUUUCUCUACCAACAAAUCGGAGCUCAUCACUACCAUAAAUGGUCCCUCAGGUCUGCUCCAGCGACAAUGGAAUCAUGGCGACAUGACACUUGUUGACGACAGCAAGAGCCAUCCAACUUACCGCUUCAUCCAACGUAUCUUAGUAGGCUUGACCCAAACGCGUACCAUGCAAGACCUGCCUUUCGUUACCGAUUUCAACAAAGAUUACCAAACGACAUUGGAAAAGGCGGAGUUCCGCAACCCUAGAUCCCGCAAACGAUAUGCUAUGGAAAUAAUUGUGAAUGAAUCCGAUCGCGGGAUCACACUCCGCGAGCUGAUUGAGUCGUUGGGGUUCAUUGCUGAAGAUGUCAAGCUCUGCUGCGACAGCUGCUCCAAGGAAGGCGAAUGCAAGUUUCUCAACCCUGAGAUCGUGUAUACACUACCCGACGAUGAUUACGUCUGUGGUAAUUGCUACCGGCGUCAGCGAGUGGCCCCAGGCCCUUUCCCCUGUACGUUUGCAAAUCUUCCCAAAGAGUUCCUACAACGCCUCCGCGCUUUUCCGGAACUUCGAGCUCAUGUACCUUGCCACGAAUGCUGGACGAGUGGAAAGAUUUGCGACAACAAUUCUGAGAUAUGCAAAAGUUGCGCAGGAGCUAACUUACGCUGCGUGAGGAUCGCUUGUGAGGCUUUUCAGGAACCAAGAGACAACUGGUUCUGUCCUCGUGAUUGCGACAAGGCCCACUUCAAUGAUGGAUAUAACAACAUUGUCCAGCAUUCAAGGACGAGGGAAGGUUUUAACGCCCUUGUUGCUGCUAGGCAAUCUGCGCUUAGACGAGAUACACGUACGGCUAUUUGUACCGAAUGCUGGAUGCAUUCUGGAGACGAGAAGUGUACAAAUGCUGGAAUAUGCCCUCCUUGUAAAGUCCGUAUCGAAGAAGGCGAUCGCAUCACUUGCAAGCGAAUAAAAUGCAUUUCUUACACAACAUGUUCAGUAGAGAAUUGCAAAUUCGCUCAUGCCGCUCAGAAUUUCAGCUCCAAUGACCUUAUUGAUAAUAAGGUUUUUCCACGAAGGUUACAAGGGAAACCUCAAUAUCCCUAUAUUUGA